ACAUUUUGUAUAGUUUUGAAAAGAAAAAAAGGGGAAAAAAAUCAUUAGUUUAAUUCGUGGGUUCAGAAAAGGCCACGUCGCCUUAGGAAAUUUUUGCUUCUUUGCUGGCCGUUUGUGGCGGUGGGAUACACGGCCAAAUUUUCCGGCGAAGUGGUCGCUCUUCUUCGUUCUCUCGGCACUUUUUUCCCAACAGACAAUCCUUUCCACAUUUUGAAGGAAUGAAAUAAUGAAUGCUCAAAAGGAUUUUCCAACGGAGGUGUGGGCAGUGGUUUGUCUGGUUUUCGUGAUCUUUCCGGCUGUUUGAACUGAGAAUCAUUCCACCGUGAAGAUGGGCUUUCUUGUCACAAUGGUGGCAAAUUCAUACUGCUUUCCAAGAGACUUCAAACGGGAACGCUCAAUUUUGUCCCAUCAGAGACACGCUGCAUGUCGAGCUUCAUCUUGUAAGAUAUUCCAGCAGCACAAUGAAGGAAGUUCUGUCGAUGACAGUUUUAAUAUUAACAAUUCUCAAGUGAUUAAAAAAUUGAGCCGAAGAAGAAUGCCUAUUUUAGCAAAAGAGAUUUUCUUGGAGCUGAAGUCUGAAGGUUUUCCUCUAAACAACUCUACGUUGUCCACUAUUAUGGUACACUACAUAGAUGAUGGUUCUCCUCUCCAAGCACAAGCAAUGUGGGAAGAAAUGUUAAACAGUUGUUUCGAACCUUCUGUUCAAGUAAUUUCAAAGUUAUUUAACGCUUAUGGAAAGAUGGGACACUUUGAUUAUAUAACUAAAGUUCUAGACCAGGUAAAGUUAAGGUAUUCACACUUACUGCCUGAGGCAUACUCACUAGCCAUAUCUUGUUUCGGGAAGCACAAACAACUAGAAUUGAUGGAAAGUACAUUGAGGGAAAUGGUUUCUAGUGGUUUUACAGUUAAUUCUGCUACUGGAAAUUCUUUUAUUAUAUACUACAGCAUGUUUGGUUCUUUAGUAGAGAUGGAAACUGCCUACGGUCGUCUUAAAAGGUCAAGAUUUCUAAUUGAGAAGAAAGGAAUCAUGGCAAUGGCAUUUGCCUACAUAAGGAAAAGAAAAUUCUACAGAUUAGGUGAAUUCCUCAGGGAUGUUGGUCUUGGAAGGAAAAAUGUGGGGAAUCUUUUAUGGAAUCUUCUACUUCUAUCUUAUGCUGCCAAUUUUAAAAUGAAAAGUUUGCAGCGAGAAUUUCUACAAAUGGUUGACGCUGGAUUCAAUCCAGAUCUUACAACAUUUAACAUUAGAGCUCUAGCAUUUUCAAGAAUGGAUUUGUUAUGGGAUCUUCAUCUUAGCCUUGAACACAUGAAGCAUAUGAAUAUUGAACCCGAUCUUGUGACCUACGGUUGUGUUGUUGAUGCUUAUGUCGAUCGAAGACUUGGAAGAAAUUUGGAAUUCAUUUUGAGCAAAAUGAAUCCAGAUCAACCUCCAGUAUCAUUAACAGACUCUUUCGUUUUCGAGGCAUUGGGUAAAGGAGACUUCCACAUGAGUUCUGAGGCGUUCAUGCAAUUUCGAAAGCAGAAGAAAUGGACUUAUAGAGAAUUAAUAUCAUUGUAUCUGAAAAAGCACCACAGGAGAAACCAAGUCUUUUGGAAUUACUAACCCAGAACGUUAUUUGAUAACGUCUUCUCCCAGCUAAGACUAGAGGAUUGUUUUCUGUACCUGAGUUUGGGGAAUUCAAAUGGACUGAAAUGAUCAAGUUGAUUCUUAGAAUUGAAUGGUAAUGUUUCCAGCUGUGUUCUUCAUCCCUAACUCAGCUGGGUGGUGUACAGUGUAAUUUAAAGGAUGUGUUUGAUAUUUGUUAUAUAUUGUUUAAUAAUCAUCCUUUCCUAGCUCAAGUUUUGAUUUGGUUAACUUCAAGAAAGUCUCUUGUUUCUGGUGACAUCGAGCUAUACAAUGAUCUCCUCCACCCUUUGAAUGGAAAAUUUUAAGCCAACAAGGAUGGAAAUGUCGAUUCCCUCAUCCAAAUUCCAAUCCAUCCAUUCUUUACUCUGUCGUAUCAGCACUCAUCAAUUAAGGGCAAUUGAGCAAUUUGUUGCUUAAUCUGUUUUGAUUUACUGUUUGGAUUUUAGUUCACACUUGUAGAUGUGUAGUUCCUAGUUUGUUUUCAAUUAUCCAUAUACAGAGAAUUCCUAACGAUUUGACAACCCUUAAACUUCCAAUGUGGGUGAAAAGUAAGCUUGCUUGGACCACUGACGUAAAUAGUUGUGGGUCAUUUCUAA